AUGUUUGAAACAAGUUGUAUGACCUCAAAUAAAGACAUAAUAUUGAUUCUUCAGAAAAUAUUUCUCUCAGAGUAUGCUCAACAUCUUCACAAGCACGUUUUUGAAACGGACUCUUCAUAUCCUGUAAAAAUUGACUACAUUGUAAAUGUUGCUAACGAUCCGAGAUACAUUCAGUAUACCUUCUUGUCCGAUGCUACAAAAAUUCUCGAGGCCACUGAAGAUGCAAAUAGGCCAAUAAAUGAGAUAAUGUCCGACUCACCUGUCGAUGAGACAUUAGAAAAAAGGGUUGUAGCGGAUUUAGCUGCAUCUAUUGGUCCAGAUGACCAUGUGGGUAGUCAGAAGGCUCUGGAUGGCACCCAAAUGGUAACAGAUGAAUGCAAUAUAAAUGUAGACGCUGAAUCAAAGAUUAAAAGUAGCAAACCAGUUGACCCAAAAAAGCGAAAAAUAUCAAUUCUCGAAUACUUUAAGGCUAAAUAA